GCGUCCUUCGAACCCUAAUAACCAGAGUCGGGAAUCUCCCUCCUGCUUCCCAGUUAGGAAGGCGAUGAGGGCGGUGACGGGAUCGGUGGCUUCGUCGAGACCUAUCUCCCUGUCGAAGGCGGCCGCCGUCCUUGCUCGCUUUACCGCUGGCCAGACCGGCGCGCGGCCGGACGUCGCUGCCUUCGUUCGCCACGCCUCCGCCGCCUUCGACAAGCUCGUCAUCUUCCACCGCGCAAACCGAGCCGCCCGGAAGCACCCCGAGCUGUAUGUGUCCGAGAACAGCAGGAAGGAGGUGGAGACGUGGAAGAGCAGAAAAAGGAGCAGAGAAGACCCGCAAAUCGGCAAAAAAGCUACCCGUGGAGUCGGAGUCCAUGGUAAGGACGCGAAUUUUGUGGAAGAAGAUGGAAAUGGAUUUGGUAAUCAUGGCGAGAAGAAGAAACAGCAUAGAGGUAAGGGCUUCAUGGAGGAAAGGAACCGUCUUGCUGUAAAGGAGGGGAAGCUUUUGCAUAGCAGUGAUGGUGUUGAGUCACAGGAAGAUGGAAAUGGAAGGAGGAAGAAGAUGAAGCCAGAAGUAGAUGAAGUGAUUCUACACCGAAAUCCGACACAGCACUCUUUUUCUGGAGCAGAAUUGCUGGAGCUGGAGGAUCAGAAAGAUCAUCACAAGAAGAAAAGGAAGAAGAGAGAAAGAGCUUUGUGAAGAAGCUUCAUUGCUGAUCCUAUUCAGGAAACUAAGGUAGUCUUUUUGCAUUGAAUGAUAAGAAUUUUUUUGCACCACUAUCAAUUAUUCAAUUUUGUCUGUUCAGAAUCUAGUGCCAACACAGAGCAUGCUUGCAUGAUUUUUGGUUCUUAGUUUGAUAAAAAAAAUUUGAUCUCUA